AUGGAUGAAUCAACGACGCGUGAGCCUGCUGACCGAACUCUUCUUUUUGGUCGAUUCAAUGUUGCUCGAGACUAUCAUAUGGGUGUUUUUAUUAUCUGCAUCAUUCCCGUGGGCACUUUUGUAUGUCUUCGAGUUUUAGCCUUUAGUCCAGUGGUGUUAGAGUUGUACUCUUACAACACGAUGCUGGUUCUCACCUGUUUUAUCAUUCUGCUCUGCGUUUUGAGUGAAUGGACGGUUGUUAGCUUGUUUCUUUGUGACCCUGGAUUUACAGAUGCCGCUGAAGAUGAAGGUGCGUAUCGGUGCCCACUUUGUCGAAUUUACGUUAAGGAGUACGACCACCAUUGCGGUAUUCUGGGGGUAUGUAUUGGAGAACGAAAUAUGGGUUUUUUUCUUUCUUUUUUGACAUUUGUAAGUUUUCUUAUGUGGCUGUUCGUUUGGUUUGCUGGUGUAUCGCUCAUGUCAUGGUUCAGAAAGGCAGUGGCCCAUCGUUCGUUGUAUGAAGGAUUGCUGCUGCUACUAAAGGAGUGGUGGUUUUCAUCGAAAAUAAAACCGGUGACAUUUGUCCUUUUUAUUUUAUUGUGUUACGGGGCCCUUUUUACUACCAUGCUGGGUGUCUUUUACUGGUGCAUGCUUUGCCGGGGGAUGUUGUCUUUGGAACGGAGGCGGAAGCCAUCGUUACGAAUGAACUCGAGGGCUGUUUUUUGUCACAUGUGGAGGCCGAGUUUGUCGAGGACAAAACUGUUGCAUCGAAACGCUGAGAAUGACGUGUAG